UAAUAUUGUUUGAUAAAAAUCAAAUCAUAGCUACAUUUUCACAAAUCACAAUCACUCUAGGAAAAAUAGAAGUAAAAGCCAAGGUACAAUUUUUUAAUUUUUUUUUAGUACUCCAAUAUUUUAAAACUCUACUAACUAAAGAUCAUAAACUCAUCUUCAUUAGGAUCAAAAUGUUUUGGAUUUGAUUCUAACAAACCCACAAAAAAAAAAAAAAAAAAACCGCAUAAAUAUCUGAACUCUCAAACAGUAUAUAUCACGUGUCAGUUGAACCACACGAACUACAUUAGGUGUUCUCACGUGACCAGCCUGCUCCCCUCCUCCUCCUAAAAAAAAAAGAGAUUGAAAAUUAGAAAGGGGGUCUCACACACACAACCAACACCCAACACAGCAGCAGAAGAAAACCCAACUCUUCUUUUCUUUCCCCAAAAAUAUAAAAAAAAAAAAGAAAAAGAAAAAAAAAUGGGUAAGAUAGUGGAGAAGAAGAAGAAAGGUCGACCAUCUCUGUUAGAUCUUCAAAAACGUUCCUUAAAACAACAACAAGAGCAACAACAACAAUCUCAACAAAAAAUUCGGAAUCAUAAAAUUAAUAAAAUCCCCAAUUCCAAAAUUACAAACCCUAGCCUUAAUUCCAAUUCCUCCGCCGGAAUUCGCCGAUCCACUCGCCGGAACCCUAACCCUAAUUCCGACCCCGACGAGGAUACUCCUUCUGCUACUAAGAAGCGAUUAAAGCUUGCUAAUUUGAAAUUGCCCAAGAAUGAAGAUGAUGAUGAGGAAGAAGAUGAGGAGGAGGUUCUGGGUAAGGGUAACUCUGAUGAGGAGAGAGAUAAUUCGGGUUCGGAAUCUUGCCCGGAUGAUGGUGCUUCCUCGGGUUCGAAUCUUAAGAAGCGCAAAAUUGAUUCAAUUUCUCAUGGAUCUGGAGUUAAGGAGAUUAAGAGUGAAAAGCACAGCAGUGCUGUUGUAACAACAAAGCAGGAGAGCACUCAACAAGAAUCUAAGGUGGAUGAUGGACCGAUGACGCCGUUGCCCGAUAAAAGUCUGUUGCUUUUUAUUCUUGAUAGACUUCAAAAGAAGGAUACUUAUGGAGUUUUUGCGGAUCCCGUGGACCCGGAAGAGCUUCCAGACUACCAUGAAGUUAUUGAGAACCCAAUGGAUUUUAGUACUGUAAGGAAGAAACUUGCCAGUGGUGCUUAUGCUAACCUGGAACAAUUUGAGAAAGAUGUUUUCUUGAUCUGUUCCAAUGCAAUGCAGUAUAAUGCUCCAGAUACUAUCUACUUUCGACAGGCACGGUCUAUACAAGAGUUGGCUGUGAAAAAUUUUGAUAAUCUAAGGGCAGAUAGUGAUGAUAAUGAACCAGAACCAGAACCCAAGGUUGUAAGAAGGGGAAGACCGCCAACAAAGAAUUUGAAGAGACCUCCAGGUAGACCUCCAUUAGAGAGGGCUAGCUCUGACUUUUCCGAGGCAACUCUUGCUACUGCUGGGGGAAAUUCUAAUCGAUCCAAUAAUGAGGUGAGGAAGGCAUCUCAUUCAGAUAAGUAUGGAUCAACUGAUACAUUUGCACGAUCCUUGUAUGGCUCUCGUGUUGGUGAGGCUUAUAUUGGCUGGUCUGCUGAGAGAUAUGAUAGAGCUGAUGACAUGUUAGGGUCUGCUUCAAAGGGGAUUUUAAUGAAGCAUGGAAAAAAACAUAUUGUGCUUGAUGAAACUAGACGCAAUACUUACAAUUCCUACUCCCUAACUUGCGGACAGGAACCAUCAGUAUUGACGACCUUCGAUAAAGAGAGAAAGCAGCUAAUUGCUGUGGGACUUCAUACAGAGUACGGUUAUGCGAGGAGUUUGGCACGGUUUGCUGCUAAAGUUGGACCUGUUGCGUGGAAAGUUGCUUCAAAGAAGAUUGAGAAAUGCUUACCUGCUGCUGUCAAGUUUGGCCCAGGGUGGGUAGGAGAAAAUGAAGCUCCUGCAGAAAGGCCGAUGCAGCAACAGUCACCUGCUUCUGUUGGUCAACAAAACCCACCAUCCUCGUUGCCUGCAGCUACUGAUACACCUUCUACUCCUACACAAGGUGUAGCAGAUUCAAGUGGUGAUGGGUCAGCGCAAAAGCCACAAGGGGAGCAAUUGUCUGAGACGCAUAAAAUGUGUAAUAAAUCAAACUUAAACGAGGAGUCGAGCAAAGCCCUUUCUCCUCCAGCUGUUAGUAAUGAUGCUACUCCAGUUACUUCUUCCAAAGUGUCCAGCACUGGUGCUGGGCCCAACUUGAUUGCACCUGAAGCUAGUGCAAGUUCACCAUCGACUACACUGGUCAGCAUAUUAAAUAAUGGCACUGGUUCCAUGAGACCCGGAAAUCCACAUCCCAUUAAUCAAACUUCAACGUUGCAAUCCCGUAUUAACGGGCUUAAUGGUAGUUAUGGGCUUAAUUUUGCGGCCCAGAUGGGGAAAAUGAUUGGGGCAGCCAGGCCUGCAAUGUUCAAUCUUCAGUCCAAUCCAUCAAUUGUGACUCUGUCCAGAACUGAGACACAGAGUCCUCGGCCUCAGACCAUUGAUAAUAAUGGUUUUGGAGAAGCUAAGUUGUUGGAAAACUCUAGUACAAUAAAACCUAUUGAAGGUUUACCAAAAGUGGGGUCCAAUCCAAAGGUUGGUUCCACACCGCCUGACUUAAAUGUUGGAUUUCAGUCGCCAGGAUCUCCAGUUUCUGGGAAGGCUGAUUCAGUGCAGCCAGAUUUGGCAUUGCAGCUCUAGUCUUCAGGUAAUUUUUCCCCUUUCAUUACUUUUAACGGCGGUGAACGGGUUUCAGAUUCUUGCACCCAAUGAGUAGAGUAGAGAGAGCGAGUGUCUCUCCUCUUUAUGGGGCGAUUGAGUUGAAGCCGUAUCUAACUGUAUUCUUAGAUCGAGUAGUUCGUGUACAGAUUUGCGUAUGGAAAUUCUUAGGUUAGCAAGUGAUGAGGCCUCAUGUAACAUUAAUUGGAAGCUGUGUUGUAGACUAGAAUUUAUUUAUGUGCAAGAUCAUAUAAAUGUUAUACAUAAAAAUUGUUGCUCAAAUUGAUAAUAACAUAGUUGAGUUUGUUAAGUCUUGAA